CACAGAGUCAGACACGACUGAAGCAACUUAGCAGCAGCAGCAGUAUUCCAUUCCGCACAAACCGCCCCCCUCCAUCUUUUUCAUCCAUUCAUCUGUCAGUGGACAUUUAGGUUGCUUCCAUGUCUUGGCUAUUGUAAAUAGUGCUGCUGUGAACAUUGGGGUGCCUGUAUCUUUUCAAAUUAGAGUUUUUGUCUUUUCUGGGUAUAUGCCCAGGAGCGAGAUUGCUGGAUCAUAAGAUAAUUCUAUUUUUAGUUUUUUACAGAACCUGGUUUUUAACAUUCAAUAGUAAGUAGAUUAUAGACUUCACUUUGCAUGGCCACAUGUUAUGCCGUUAAGUUCCUGUGUGCUUAGCACUUGGAUGUUUUGAGCUCUGAGGACUCUGCAGGGGCUGGCGGCCACACACUGAGCCAGUGAUGAAGCCGGGGUCCAUGAAGCAAUGCUUCCCACCUCCCUACUCUUAAUCUUCCGCUGCCCUCACCAUUCACCAUGGGCUGUACACACCUGCCGGGUGUGUCUCAUGUUGCGUUACUGUGUGUAGCCCCCUCCCCCACCUCCACUGAGGGUCACUACACCACCUGCUUUGGGAUGUUGCUCCUGGAGCAGAGGCCACAUGAUCCCCUUCCAUCGUGUCACCUCAAGGAACUCAUACUCUCAUAAUAAACAGCAGCAUUUCAUCUGGGAUAGAAUUGCCUCCUGCUUCUUCCAGCCCAGGGCCCCUGAACCCUUCCCAUCCACUUGUUGGCGCUGGCUUGGUAGCAGGGGAAAGGCAGAGCCUUAGAUCCAGGUUUGGGGAGAUGUGUGUGGUGGAGCACUUUGUAGUAAACCCUUAUCCUAAGCAAGUCCCGAGUGUAAUAAGAUGAGACAAGAGACAGUGGAAGGGCAAAAUAUGGUGCCACCUCGCACCUUGAGGAGGACUAGUUGAUCGUGGGAGGGGCCCAGGCCUGAGCAGAAAUGCGGCUGCGGCCAGGCUGGCUGGAUCCUGUGCGUCAGGAUCUGGGACUGGCGCCUUUAGGUGUCUGUGACUGAGUGGGCGGCAGAGAGCCAGGGCGCCUGGGGCAGCCUGUGGGCUAUGACUAAAUUAGGAAGAAGGAGCCCUCGGGCUCUCAGGGAGCUCAGUGGGCAAGUGGGCGGUGGACCGGCCUCUGGUGGGCAGCUGUUCAGGCAGGCAAGAGUGGCCUUCACUUCGACUUGCCAGUGGCUGCAGGAACGUCACACCCUGAGUGUGUGGAGAAGAGCCUACCCGAAGCUGAUGACCACCCCCACCCCCACCCCGAUCCCCACCUAGGAGUCUCAGGCAAACAACACCAUGAGCUUUCAUCCCUCAGCCUUUCUAAGCUCUUUUGGGAAGGUUUUACCUUGUAAAACGCCUACCCUCUUGAAUAGUUCUGAGCAGGGAUUACAUAGGAUUCUGAGCAUCACAGAUGAACAUCAGAUGGUCCAGACAGGACAAAGGGGCGAUGGCAGCUCUGUUUAACCUGGCAACGAGGCAUCUGCAGACAGCAGCAUUUGACUUAGAAAGUCAUGAGAAGGUUUCCUUGGUCUGAUUAAGUAUUAUAAAGAGAAGAGGAGGAAAAGUGGCAGGAGAAUGGUGACUCCUGGGGAGACAAGUGAGCAACUUCCUAAGUAAUUAAACUGUAAAUCAGGCAAGUCCAUCAGGGGACCCAUGGUCUCUGGUCAGUGCCUCACAGAGAGGGCUUCUUGCCUUUGUUCUCUUUUCUUCCUUCCUUCCUUCUUUCCACUCUCCACCUCCCCACCCCCGCUUUUGGUGUCAUAUUUUUUGCAAGACUUUUAGAGGUACUUAGCUGUAGGACAUUUUCUCAGCUGCAGCACUAUUGCCCUCUUGGACUGGUAGUCCUUGUUCAUGGGUCUGUCCUGAGCAUUGUAGGAUUUCAGCAGCACCACUGGCCUCUGUCCAGUAGGUACCAGUAGGGCUCCCAAUUCUGAAACAAAAUGUCUACAGUGUACCCUGGGGGACAUUCACCCCCAGUUACGGGCCCCUGCUUAUAGCAGAAGACAGCCUGUUCUUCCUGCUGAAAAAUGUUGCAGUUACAACUUGGGAUGGUGAAAUGAUGAGUCACUUCACUCCAUCUCCUCUUGCUUCACAAAAGUUUUAAAAAGAGAGGCCAGCCAAUCAGGAGGUUUGUGGGUUGGGAGUCAGUGUGACCACGCUGUCUGAGGCAGCUGCAUUGCUAAAUGUCGUUACGGGGUCCUUUUGGGGUUCUUCAGGACCAGACCCAGAGUCAAAAACAAGCAAAUAAACAAAGCACUCUCAUCACCGCCACCCACAAAAAAUAGGAAAGUAAACCAGAACUGAAGGCUUUGGAAUUUUAUUAAAAAUGGCCUCAUGAUUAGCACCAGACUCCCUCCUUCAGAAGCGGUCUUAGGCGUCCUGUCUGCAUAGAGCUGGCCUGGGCAUUGAUAUGUGAAGAGGCUGAGAACAUGUGGUAUAAACAUCGACUGAUAUUGUUUGCCAUUUACACUCAGCAUGUGUAAUGCCACAGGAAUGGCUCCUGGCGGCAUGUGACUCUGCUUCCAGCCGGGUGUGUGGUGCCCGGGGUGCUCCUUCUCUUUCGCUGGCUCCCUUGCUGGCGUCCCCCCUCCUCUGCCGCCUUCCCAGACUCGGGAGAGUCUAAGCGGACGCUUGUCAUGAUUGGCAUGCGGAAAGCUGGUAGAAUGUCAUUGGAAUUUUCUAGGGAGGCACACGCGCGACACCCAAAAUGACUCCCGGCUUCGGUGGCCUCAGGUGAGCCUUCCAUGCCAGGAGCCCUGGUCUUUUUCAGAAAGUGCCGCCAAGCUCCUGGACAAGACCCCGUUCUCGGUCAGUAACCCGAACCCGCUGCUUCCUUCGCCCGCCAGCCUCCAACUGGCCCAGCUGCAAGCUCAGCUCACCCUCCACCGGUUGAAGCUGGCACAGACAGCCGUCACCAACAACACCGCGGCCGCCACGGUCCUCAACCAAGUCCUCUCCAAAGUGGCCAUGUCCCAGCCUCUCUUCAACCAGCUGCGGCAUCCGUCCAUGAUCAGCGCCCCCCACGGCCACACCGGGGUGCCCCAACACGCGGCCACCGUGCCCAGCACCCGCUUUCCCUCUAAUGCACUCGUCUUCUCACCCCCUGGCCAGACGCGAGGCCCAGGGCCCACGGUGAGCCUUCCCAGCCAGCCCCCCAACGCCAUGGUGAUGCACUCCUUCAUACCUCAGACCCCCGCCCAGCCAGCGGUCAUCCUGGGCCUUGGAAAGACUGGGCCCGCGCCCGCUGCUGCAGGGUUCUACGAAUAUGGCAAAGCCAACUCUGGCCAGGCAUAUGGCUCUGAAACCGAUGGUCAGCCCGGCUUCCUGCCAGCCUCGGCUGCUACCUCGGGCAGCGUGACCUACGAAGGGCACUACAGCCACUCAGGGCAAGAUGGCCAGGCUGCCUUUCCCAAGGACUUCUACGGACCCAGUGCCCAAGGGUCGCAGGUGGCAGGUGGAUUUGUGGCUGAGCCAGCCGGGGCCUUGAAAGGCGAGGUGGGUCCCCUGCUGCAGGGUCCAAACAGCCAGUGGGAGAGCCCCCAUGGGUUCUCUGGCCAGAGCAAGCCUGAUCUUGCGGCAGCCCCCAGCCUGUGGCCCCCUCCCCCUGGCCAGCCCUAUGAGCUCUAUGACCCCGAGGAGCCCACACCAGACAGGACCCCUCCUUCCUUUGGGGGUCGGCUCAACAACAGCAAACAGGGCUUCAGCGGAGCCCGGAGGCGGGCCAAGGAGGAGCCCGCAGUGCUGUCCCUGCGGCCCCUGCAAGCGCACGAGCUGAAUGACUUCCACGGUGUGGCCCCCCUCCACCUGCCGCACGUCUGUAGCAUCUGCGACAAGAAGGUGUUUGAUCUGAAGGACUGGGAGCUGCAUGUAAAAGGGAAACUACAUGCUCAGAAAUGCCUGCUCUUCUCUGAAAACGCUGGUGUGCGGUGUGUCCUCGGUCCCGCAGAGGGAACACUGUGUGGCUCUCCCAACAGCACAGCCGUUUAUAACCCCGCUGGGACGGAAGAUUACUCCUCAAACCUUGGAACGUCAUACGCGGCCAUCCCUGCGAGGUCGUUUACUCAGUCAAGUCCCGCGUUCCCUUCAGCUUCCCCAGGGACAAAUUUUGCCCAGCGGAAAACGGGCGCCGGCCGCGUGGUCCACAUCUGCAACCUGCCGGAGGGAAGCUGCACAGAGAAUGACGUCAUUAACCUGGGGCUGCCCUUUGGCAAGGUCACUAAUUAUAUCCUCAUGAAGUCAACUAAUCAGGCCUUUUUAGAGAUGGCUUACACAGAGGCUGCCCAGGCCAUGGUCCAGUAUUACCAAGAAAAAUCUGCCAUGAUCAAUGGUGAGAAAUUGCUUAUUCGGAUGUCCAAGAGAUACAAGGAAUUGCAGCUGAAGAAACCUGGGAAGACCGUGGCCGCCAUCAUCCAGGACAUCCAUUCCCAGAGGGAGAGGGACAUGUUCCGGGAAGCAGAAAGGUACGCCCCAGAAAGGCCGCGAUCUCGAAGUCCAGUGAGCCGGUCGCUGUCCCCGAGGUCCCACACUCCGAGCUUCACCUCCUGCAGCUCUUCUCACAGCCCCCCGGGCCCUUCCCGGGCCGACUGGGGCAACGGCCGGGACUCGUGGGAGCACUCUCCCUACGCCAGGAGGGAGAACGGGGAGGACAAGAGGGAUAGGACAGACACGUGGGCGCAUGAUCGCAAGCACUACCCCCGGCAACUAGACAAAGCCGAGUUAGACGAGCGACUGGAAGCGGGGAGGGGCUACAGAGAAAAGCACCCGAGGUCUGGGUCCCCCAACCCGCUCCACUCCGCUUCGGGCUACAAAAGCCGGGAAGACGGCUACCACCGGAAAGAGUCCAAGGGCAAAUCGGACAAGUACCUGAAGCCGCAGCAGGAUGCCCCGGGGAGGUCCAGGAGGAAAGAUGAGGCCAGGCUGCGAGAAGGCAGGCACCCCCACGCCGACGACGUGGGCAGGGAAGACGGACUGGAGCCCAAGGGCACCAAGUCCAAACAGAGUGAGAAAAACAGAGCCAAGAGAUCUGAUCGAGACCAAGAAGGAGCUGAUGACAGAAAAGAAAGGAUGGCAGAAAAUGAGGCUGGAAAAGAGGAACAGGAUAGCAUGGAAGAGAGUCCCCAGUCAGUGGGCAGACAAGAGAAGGAAACAGAGUCCUCCGAUACAGAAAACAGAAGGGCAAGGAAGGAGCAAGAUUCGGAGAGUGGAAGUGAGGCUGAGGGUGAGAGCUGGUACCCCACGAACAUGGAGGAGCUGGUGACAGUGGAUGAGGUAGGGGAGGAAGAAGAUUUUAUCAUGGAACCAGACAUCCCAGAACUAGAAGAGAUUGUGCCCAUAGACCAGAAGGACAAAAUCUGUGCAGAAAUAUGUCCCUGUGUGACGACUGCCUUAGACCUGGACUUUACCAAAGGUUUCGCCAAGGAGGGAGUCAAGACCAUUGGGAAUGGGGCUGCAGAAAUCAGCCUCAAGUCACCCGAAGAACUGCCUUCUGCUUCAACGGGCUGUCCCAGUGACAUGGACGUGGAGAUGCCUGGCCUAAAUCUGGAUGCUGAGCGGAAGCCAGCUGAAUGCGAGACAGGCCUCUCCCUGGAGGGCUCAGAUUGCUACGAGAAGCCCGCAAAGGGAGGAGAGAGCUCAGAUGUUCGUCUGGCCCCUCCACUUCUGCAAAUGUCUUCCCCCAAGCCAGCAGAGGAGAGGGCCUGGCAGCCCGGCCCGUUUCUCGAUGACUGCAAGGCCAGGGGGACCCCCGAAGAUGGGGCUGGUGAAGGCAGCCCCCUGGAGGAGAAAGCCGGCCCCCCCACUGAAACCGAUCUCCAAAGCCAGACUUGCCAAGGAGCGUCGACCCCGGAAAACUCCAGGUACUCAGAAAUGAAAUCUCUGGACGUGAGGUCACUGGAAGACGCUGAAGUGGAGCUGAAACAGCCCCUUUCUUUGCCUUCCUGGGAACCAGAGGAUGUGUUCAGUGAACUUAGCAUUCCUCUAGGGGUGGAGUUCGUGGUGCCCAGGACCGGCUUUUAUUGCAAGCUGUGUGGGCUGUUCUACACGAGCGAAGAGAUGGCCAAGAUGGGCCACUGUCGCAGCGCCGUGCAUUACCGGAACUUACAGAAGUACUUGUCCCAGCUGGCCGAGGAGGGCCUGAAAGAGACGGAGAGGGCGGGCAGCCCGCGGCCCCAGGACAGCGGAAUCGUGCCGCACUUUGAAAGGAAGAAGCUCUGACACCGCUGCUUGAAGGGGGAGAGGAGGGCCUGAGAAGUGGGGCCUUCCUGCCAGAGAGGAAGGAAGACCAGGGAACCCACGGCGGUGCCUGAGUCGGUCUGCAGAGACUCAUGAAAGGCCUGGAGCACCUCCUGGAGCCUUCAUCCCGGCGUGUCCAGUGACUCGUGAACUUUGAACAAUUUUUCAAUUUGCUUGUCUAUCUUCCUCUCCAUCUCUCACGCCCUCCUUCUGUGCCCAUAAAAUCCAACUUCUCAGGGAUUUUCACAGUGUUCCAAUUCUUGGUGGGAUAGGAUAGGUCAAGCCAGGCUGAGUCCUCCAAAAAAAAAAAAGAUUUCAUGGAGACUCCUGAGUCGAGAACCAUGUCUCUGCUUGGCAUCCUGUGUGUGGGGGUGGGGGAUCUGAGUUGGGUCCUACGGUCCUGGAUGGGGGAGCCUUGGACCACCAGCAGGCAGAAGCUGGGAGCUCCUCCAGCUCAACCACCGUUUUGAAAAGCCCUGAUUUUCAUAACUCUUUUGUCCUCUCCAUUGUUGUAGAAGCCCAUCAGAUUCAAGCCUUAAAAUUUAAGGAGGGAAAGAGCUCUUUAUUUUGGAAGCUCUGAUCAUUUCCCUCCUGUUGAUUUCAGGAGAUGCCAGGGUUUGUUCUCCUCUGGAUAUUGAGUUUGGUCUAGAUUCACUUUAAAUAAAAAUGAAAACAGAAGCAUCUUCCCCCUCCAGCUAAAACAUUAGAAGGUCAGGACUCCUGUUGAAGACUGGCCUCCCAGCCGUGCAUGGUUGGCUUGAGAGACACCAAAACAAGGAAAAGGCAUCCAUCCUCGACUCGUCCUUUGGUGCCUGCACUCUGGGUACCAGCAGCCUCACAGUGGGAUGGUUUUUAAUGGUCUCUUAGAGGUGGGGGCAGCUAAGGAGAAGGAAUGCUGCAGGACCGAGGAGCAUUGAGGGUUGCCAGGUGUUUGUAGGUGGCCCUUUCCAAUUGGGCAGAAGGCCAAAGGCCUCUCAGAGUUUACUCCAUGUGCAGACUGAUAUUAAAUGUUAAGAAGCGCAGAGCUCCUUCCCAUCGGGCUGUGGGUACUGAAGGUCAGUGCCUUCAGGUUCCUGGACAGGACAGGCUGCGGGGGUCUAGGCUGAGGUUCACUGGGAGGGUUUGGGAAAAGGUGCUGGGGAAAAUGAGGCUCAGCUGAGCCCUGGAGAAGCCCUUGAGAAGGUCAGAAGGGAGCCUGGGGCUGCUUCCUCAAGUGAGACACUUGCCCGGAGGCGGCUGCCCUGGCUCAGCUCCUAGAGGACAGUUCCUGUUAGUUCUAUUCCUGACCACAGGUAGGUAGGCUAGGACGAGAUUGCUUGUUUUAUUUUAAUGUUUUGCUUUUUUUUUCUUUUUAUGGUAGAUAAGACUAUACUGCAUAUUCUGUUUUCUGUCCUCUGCCCUACAAGCAGAAGGUAGAGAGAUGGAUUAUUUGAGUUCCACACUGACAUCUGAUCAGUGAGAAAAUUAAGCCUCAGAAAGGAAGGGAAAAUAAAACAUACAAGGAUCACGUGUAAACCUGGGGGCAGGUGGCAUCGAGAACCGCUGGGGACCUGUGAGAGAGAAGAGUUCAGGCAAGCUUCAAACAGACCAGCUUGAACAGGUGUGGAGGGAGGCUGCAUGCAGUGGGAAACCUGAGCUUGGCAUCAGGCAGCUGUGGGCCUCAGAAAGGUGAGUGUCUCAAAGAGUAGAGUUUGAAAACAGUGACUCAGCCCAGACCUGUUCCCCUGGCUGCCUUCUCUGGUUUUUACCUGGUGUUCUAGAAAUCGGCCUCCUCCAUUUCUCGGAAACUUUCACUCUGUGUGUCUUUCUUCCCACUGGUGGGAAGUCAGGGCCAUCUCUCUGAACCUCGCUGGGAAAAACCUAAAGCCUAAAACUGCAUUUUUAGAGAAGCUGGCAGUCUUUUCUCUCAGCAUAGUGGAAGCUGACCCCACCAGCUCACCACCACCCCCACCAAGCAGUGUUUCCAUGGAAACCUGGAUGGCUGUUCAAACAGCCAUAUUCCCCAGUAAUGUAAUGGCUCUCUUGCUGAUAGACCGAACUUCCCUAUAUUUUAAAGCUGGAGACCGGCCCUGGGAAGGAGAGAGAAGAAGCUCUUUGCGUUUAAUAAGAACCUUUAAUUUAAAAAGUCAUCCAAGGUCCUAUAUUUGUGUGUAUAUAUAUAUUUAUUUUUAUUUAUUUUUAUACAAUUCCAUUGGCAUAGUUUCACCCACUCUAUAAUUUGCACUUUUUAUUCCUACGUGUGUCAUACACAAUGCAGUAUUAACAGCAACCAGGAAAAUAUUGAUUUUUUUUUUUUUUUAAAGCUUUUCUUCAGUGUUUGUUAACCAUUUCAAAAUGUCUCCCUGGAAAAGUUGUUCAACAGCAGCUGCUACCUUGAGCGGCACAUUUACUCGUACCCUGCGUUAAUAUAACAAAAGGCCUGUGUACUUUUCAUUGUAAACACCUGAAAUAAAGUAUAUCCACAGCGUAUUCCCGAAGAAUUCGGUAAACUUGGUGUGAGCAGCAGCCGUUCGUGUCAAGGUUUCUCUUGACAGUCUGAGGCUGUGAUCUGUUAGAUUAUACUUGAACUGGACCAGAGUUUGAUUAUUGAGCUUGUGAGAAAAAGAAAACCAUUAGUUGAUUGAAGUUUGAACUUGUCAAGUAUUGGAAUUUGUUGAGUGUGUCCUAUUAAUCGUCACUUUUCCUGAUCUGUAUAAUUGACCUCAAGAGUUUGUUUUUACAAAAGGAAAAACAAAAAAAGAUUUUUAAUAAAGAGAAUUUGAAAGCUUGUGAGUG